GUGAGAGUGAAAGAGUUAGACAGAGAGAGAGUGAGAGUGAAAAGAAGGAGAAAAGACAGCUGAGGAGUAAGCAUCUGUGUUCGUUGUUGACAGUGUGUGGGGAGAGAUUUGUCCGGCGAGAGUGCACGCGCACACGGUGGGGGGGGGGAACCUGACAGAUCAUGGAACCCUCAGGGACACCGGACGUCCCGGCGGAGCCAAAGGAAAGACGGAAGAUCCAGUUCGCCGUGCCGGCCUCGGCGCCGACCCAACUGGACCCGAGACAGGUGGAGAUGAUCCGACGUAGGAGGCCCACGCCUGCUACCUUGUUUAGAGUGGCCGACCAAUCGUCUCCCGAGGACGAUAACUCCACCCACCAGUGGGUCGUCGGUGAGAAUGGUGUUCUUAAACCCAAACGCGUCAACCCAAAUGUGUACCAGCCCCCUUCACUGAGAGCUGUGCAGCAGAUGGCCGAGGCUCAGAUGCAAAAGUUGGGUGUGUAUCCUCACAUGGAGGAGGAGAAUGAAGAUACCUUUCAGGGGGACGAGGAAGAAAAUGCCCCAGUGUACACCGCUGAUCAACAGGAAGAGAUGGGCACAACCGACAGCCAAUCAGAAACAAGCUUGGCAGGAGCCCUACCACAGGCUGAAAAAGAAGGGGAAAAGGAAAAGAAGACAGAGGAGGAGAGCAGGAAUUCUGAGUGACAGAUAGAAGGAGAGAGAGGAGAGAGAGUGUGUGUGUGAAAGAGAGAGAGAGAAAGAGAGGGGGAUGAUGUACCAGAAGUAUAUUUCUCUAAUGAGUAUCUCAGACUCAAAUAUAAAGAAAAAGAUGGACGGUUUGGCAUUGUGUUUGUUCAGACUGAGUAUGUGUGUAUGUGUGUGUUUCUACUGUGUGUAUGGAGAGAGAGAGAGAGAGAGAGACAGGGGGCACACUAAUAAGGAUGUGAUGAAUGAUCUUGACACAGAAACACAGACAAAAUUAUUACCCUUGUGUCACUAUAAUGAUGAUGAGAUUAGAGAGGUCCUAGAGGUUAAAGGCCAAAGGUUAAACACUGAAAUAUUAGACCCAUGGAAGCCUGAACAGGUAAUGACACAAACACACGCACACACACACAUACACACACACACACACACACACACGCACACACACACACACACUACGUUGAGGUCCAGAGGGUUGCAAAGCUUGAAAAGUGUGUCAGAGCUAAUAUCAUGACAUGUAUUAUGUUACAUGCUGUCUCUCAGUGUGUGUCUAUGUGUGUGCAUUUGUGUGUGAACAUGGCCUAGUUCAGACGAAGAGACAUGUAGCAAUCAACCAGAAUGAAUUAGUCUACACUGCCACCUAGUGUUCUAAUCCAGAAAGUACAACUACAUGCAUACAUUUACACAACACACACACACACACACACACACACGCACACACAAGUAAGCCUCACACAUACAGACACACCACAACGCACACCACAACAAAAUAAUUGACAGAUAGUUAGCGCUAUCAGUAAGACUCUUAAUUAAAUAAACCUUUCAUGAAUCUUCAUGAACUGUGUAAAUAUGAAAUUAAAAUUUUCUAUGAUGUGUCUUUACACAUCAACACUUCUGGAAUCAAACCUGUCUGUAAGACUUGUUCAGCUUCUUCUCCUCCCACAGAGAAAGGAUCAAGAGAGAGGGAGAGGGUGGGGAGUUGGAGACACAGACUUAAUUAAUGUUAUAAAUUGCAGAUCUCAAAGUCGUUGUUUUUUCAAUAAAAUGUCCCAGGCAUUUCUCUAAUCCUCCUUUUAACUUUUCAUGAAUGUUUCUGACUCUUCUUUAGAUUUCACGAACAUCUUUAUCUUAUCUCUAUUGCUUCCCCCCCCCCCCCUCCAUAUUUGUUAAUUUCAAAUUAUAUAAAAGAUCGCGGACAACAUGAUAUGAACAUUGUUUUCAUGUACAACAUAUGCAUACACAAUAUUAAAAAAAAAUGUGGGCAAAUCUAUGGAUUAUUUGGUCAACAGAUUAUUUGAUUAAUUAUUUUCAUUCUUUGGCCUAUCUAAUGGGCAUUUCUGUGUGGAUGAUGAUGAUAUGAUGAUUAUGAUGGUGAUGAUGAUGAUGAUGAUGAUAUGGCAUUAUGUAAAGCCAUGAAGGUUUCCACUCUCCUCUCCUGUGAGGGCAUUCCUCUUUCCAUCUCUCCACAUCCAUCUGUCCUCUGAGGUCAGCAUGAAGACUAAAACUUCCAUCUGCUUCUUCAUUUCCACUUUUUAAAUACAUUUACUUUUAUUAUCUUUCUUUUUUUUUCUUGGAACUUGUAAAGAUGUAGAAACUUCAAAGUGAGAGACUAAAAUAUUCUGUGGAAUCAACCC